CAUCUUGGUUCAUCUCCAUACCCCAAUGGUAGUUGCUGACGCUCUUUUGGCGGUCAGUGGAGGAAGUUAUUGCCACUCGGCUCUGUAAUCACCGUUAUGGUGUUUUCAAUCACAGUUCAAUCUCCCCCACUAUUUCGGAUUCCGCACUCUGCUUUUCCUCUGCCCAAACCCGCUCUUCAACUUCGUUAUUCACGAAUCAUCGUCCCUCCUCUGCAGGCUUCAAGACCACGUAUCCCGAAUUUUCCUCAGGACGACAGUAAUUCAGUAGACGAUCCUCGCAAAUGGAGACGCACUAUCAAUUCGGCACGCGGUGGCAUCGACGACGAUUACGAGGACGACGGCAACGACGACAAUGACGAGGAAGAAAGAAGUCUGGAUCUAUUGGUUAGGUUUCUUCGCAAUAUGUUCAAAAAGGUCUCAAAACGAGCUAGGACGGCAGUUCGAUCUGUUCUUCCUCAAGCCAUUUCAACGAAGCUGGUGGGAUUUUCUGUAAACGGUGUACUCGUGCUGGCAUUCUUGUGGAUUUUUAAGGCAUUUCUUGAGGUGGUGUGCACACUUGGAAGUGUAGUGUUCGUGAGCAUCUUAUUAAUUCGGGGAGUGUGGUCUGGUGUCACUUAUCUACAAGAAAGCCGAAGCCGAAAAUUGAACGAGCUUGAUGAAGAGUUCCAUACAUGGAAUGGUGCACAGCCUGUUGCUUGACUUACUUAAAUAAUUAGUUUCCACUGUUGGAUGGCUUGCAGCCUGUGACUUGGAUUAAGAAUAAUAGUUUCCUUUAGAGAAAAGGGAACAUCGAACAGAGGAAUAUUAGAGAUACAACGAACAUAAGGGGGUAAUGGAAUUAUCCAUGACUGCAGUUUUAACUGACUGACAAUGCAUCUGGAAAGCCGCAGAACGAGAUCCUUCUGCAUUUUUUUACAGAGGGUAACAUAUCAUGAAAUCCCCUCUGGCACUUCACACCUGGAACUCGCCAAGUGUACUGAGCUUUUCCCCAGUGACAGAAUAUUGACAAUUUGAAUUAUAGCAAUGUUUAGAAGUACAUUAGCAUCUGCCUUGUUUUCUUUUUGCUGAGGACAUUUACGUUCAUAUCCAAUCAAAAGCAAGUUGAGUUGGCCUUGUAUUUCCUGGUUUAAGCUUGGUCUAGUAUUGCAUUUUA